CUGAUCUCUCCAAAAGUGACUUGACAACUUGACAAUUCACAGUUAACGCAAUCACUUCCACCGCAUGAUCAGACUCCUCUCCACCACUCCUAAAUCCAAAAAUCCAAGUUCUAACUGAACUGAAGUGGUGCAAAAUGUCAGGCCGGAUUGAUCAUUCCUCGGGUCAGGUCAGGUUGGAAGAUCUGCCCAAGCUCCGGAAAGACGAACUCAAGGCUCAAUGUCGUCAACACCAACUUCGAGUAUCGGGCAAGAAAAUGGAACUGAUUGAUCGACUGGUGGUCCAUUUUUCGGCCAAGAAACCAGAGAGGAACGGCUUUGGGAUGGCCAAUAGUAAGAAACAGAAUGGGAAAUCCAGUUCUCGGAAGAGAACCAUGUCUCAAAGUCGGAGAAUGGAACUUAAGGCGGAAAGGGAACAGAUUGUGCUUUGGAAACGCCCUCUGACCACCCUUCAAUAUAGCUUUUGCGAACUAGGUUACACGUUGUUGGAGUGGACACAAUCGAUAUUUCGUCAAAAAGUGUUGUUAAGUGUCCUCGUCUUGUUGAGUAUUGGUGGAACCAUAUUAUAUCACACAGAGGGUCCUCACCAGAAGUAUCUACUAGGCACUGAGAAAUAUGUUCUUUGGCUCUCUUGGUGGGUGGGACUGGGCGUGUUGAGCUCAGUUGGGUUAGGCACCGGUUUGCACACAUUCCUCUUGUAUUUGGGACCGUUCAUCGCUUCAGUCACCAUGGCCGCUUACGAAUGUGGAACCACAGAUUUCCCAGAGCCGCCUUAUCCCGGUUCCAUUGUUUGUCCGGAUACGUUAUUGGAAGACAAGACCUCUAUGAACAUUUGGAAGAUUCUAUCGAAAGUCAGGAUAGAGGCAUUUUGCUGGGGGGCUGGAACCGCCCUCGGAGAACUUCCACCUUACUUCAUGGCUCGAGCUCACAGGCUCUCUGGUUAUGAUUCCGAUGAAGAAGAGGAUGAGUUUGACGAGCUGCAAGAGAAGUUGAAGAGUGCAGAAGCUCUUAAGUUGGUACGCGGAGGUGAUUCCUCUGGGUUUGAGCAGAGUAUGUUUGAUCGCGCCAAAUUGGCAGUGGAGCGUCUAGUGGAGAAGGUUGGAUUCUUCGGCAUAUUGGCAUGCGCAUCGAUCCCCAAUCCGUUGUUCGAUUUGGCUGGGAUUACGUGCGGUCAUUUCCUGGUUCCGUUCUGGACCUUCUUUGGCGCCACCUUGAUUGGCAAGGCCGUCAUCAAGAUGCACAUCCAAAAGCUCUUUGUGAUCAUGGCCUUCAACGAGAACCUAAUCAACACGGCUGUGAUCUACCUCAGUCAAAUCCCGACCUUGGGGCCCAAAUUGGAAGGACCCUUCAAGGAGCUUCUGGCCAAACAAAAAGCCAAACUUCACAGUAGCCCUGGCACCAACAUCCCGGCCAACGAGGCGAGCAUUCUCUCAUGGAUAUUCGAGAAAUUCGUCAUGGCCAUGGUUCUCUAUUUCGUUCUCUCCAUUGUGAAUUCCUUGGCUCAAAGCUAUCACAAACGAAUCAAUAAGAAGCCUUCCUCCUCGCAGAAGACGGACUAACUGUGUGCAACAACACCAUUUGUAAAUAACUUGAACGGAAUACAUCUCAAGGUGUUUUA